UGUUGGCUGUUGGCUUUUGGCUUUUGGCAUUGUCAACAACGCGGCACAAAGUUCAUACAAUUGUGACACGCGGCGCGUUAAGCACGUGGCUCUGACUUUUGACUGAUAACACGGCGCUGAGUUGCCCACCAAUAAAUGGGAUAAAUCAAGUGGACGUCCUGCUGCCGUUGGCCAAUGCAUUUUUUAAACAUUUUUUUUGCGAGUGCCCAUCGGUGUUUCCGCGUGUUUCGUGUGUGUUAGUGUGCAAAUGGCGAUGAUAAGACCCAAUGACCUGCUGACCCCCCAAGUGACUGUGAUUUUUGUUCGAGUGCCGCGGUAGAAAAGUGCGUGAAAACUCCACCAGGGAAACUCAGCGAUUAGCUAACGUCUGGCCAUAACCAUUUCGUAUUGGCCAUUUACCAUUUACCAGCAACCGGAGCAGUGCAUUCAACUCCACUUGGAUGACAUCCAAGAGCAGAAAAUACAUGAAUUGUGACGGGCAGCGGAGGGGUUCUUGAAGAAGUUUAAACAAACAAACAGUCUAGCGUGAUUGCAAAACGUAUAUAUAAUAAAAUAAACCAAGUGGAAUUAUAAAACUUUGGCACAACACAUAAGCAAUAAUAACAACCACUAAGCAAACUUUAAUAAAUAUUUUUUUUAAUAGAAAUUCAAAGCACCCUAAUAAAAAAUGUUUAUAAUAUAAUACAUCAACUUUAUAAAUCAUCAAAGCAAUCAAUAAAAAGCAAUGAUUAACAAAUGUUUUAUUCAAAAGCGUGUGAUACAAAACUAAUUAAACCUAAAUAUAAUAAAAAUAACCUCUUUAGAAGUUAAUCAGUGUUCAAUAUAAUAAAAACCUUUCAAUUCGAUUGACCUCUUUCAAAUAAUUUUGCAACUUAGAGAAUUUUUUUUAAUUAGGGAAUCAAUGUUAUUGAAAAUCAAUUUAAACACAAUAUAAUUAAAUAAAAAAAAAUUUAAAAAGUGCAACUUAUAAAAAUAACAAACAUAAUUAAACACCGAAAGCAAUUUGAAGCUUCGAAAAGCACCAAAAAUAAUUACUAAACAAUUAAAUAUCAGCAAAGAGUCGAAAAUGAGCCAUAAACGAUAAUUUGGAGAGUAUUCAGUCCCUGCAACAUACCCACACAGCAACAAUAAAAACAGCCACAGAAAUGAGCAGCAACAAUGGCAACGACCACUCGCAGCAGCAGCAGCAGCAGCAACCCCCAGAUCCACGAGCAACAGCAGCUGCACCUGCAGCAGCAACAAUUACCGUUAAUACGGGGGCAAAUGCAACUGGUUCCGGUUCCGGAUCUGGACCCGGACCCGGAUCCGGAUCCGGAUCGGGUUCGGGAUCUUUACGACCUGCAACGGCACCCGCUCGCUCCAGCAGCAGCAGCAACAACAACAACAACAAUGCAACAAGCAGCAGCACCAGCUUCUACAGGGUCAACCUGAGCCACACUAGCAACAUCAACAGCAACAUUAACUGCAACAUCAACAACAACAGCAGCAACAGCAGCAGCAGCAAUGCAAACCAAGCAAGCAACAACAACCACCAUGAGAGCAACAGCAACACCACCGCCACCUUGGUGGUCAACACCAGCAGCACUUCAGCAGCAGCAGCAACAUCAGCAGCAGGAGCAACAUCAGCAGCAACUUCGACCUCGGCAGCAGCAGCAACUGCAACUGCAACGGCAAGUGCAACAGCAGCAGCAACAUCAGCCACGAACAACAACCACAUCUAUGUGAAUCCUCACAGCUACGACAGCAGCACCACCGGCAGCGUGAGUGGAUCCACGGCGGUGAUGCUGCCCCUGCCCCUCAGUCUGCCACUGAACCUGCAACACCAGCCACCUGCAGCAGCAGCGACAACAGUCGACGCGCAGCAGCAACAUCCGCUGGGCGGCGGCAACACGGGUGCCAUCAGUCGGAUCGGAACACUAACUGGAACGGGCACCUCCACAUCCACCACUCUGAGCACCCUGAACACAUAUCUCUUUCCCUGCGGCGCCGAUUCGGCCAGCAGCUGCGAUCUGGACAGCAACUUCAGCCAGAUGCUCGGCGGAGGCAGCGAGGGCGGGGCCAGCAGCUCCCUGAGCCAAACAACAGCUCCAGUGGGAGCUGGACUCGGAUUGGGGGUUCAGCUGGGACUGGGCUUCAUCAACAGCCGGCGGCGCAUUCGAAGGCUAUUCGGCGUGGGUGAAAUGGUACCGCCGGUGGCCACGCCCACUCCCUACGCAGCCGCCCUCCGGCGACGCAGUUCGCAGCUCGUUCCAAUGACCAAGAAGCGGGAGAAGGAGUUGGAGGAUCUCGAGCAGCAGCAGAGGAUCGCCACGGUCGCAUCGGCGAAUGCCGCCUUUCUCGAGCGACGCGAGCAGCAGCAGCAGCAGCAGCAACAGCAACAGCAGCUGCAACAGCAACAACAACUGCAGCAACAGCAGCAUCUGCAGUUCGCUUUCAAUCCGCUGCAAUUGGAGGGCGGUAAGAAAAAGAAGAAGAAGCCACCCGGACCGCCGGCGCACACGCGACAGCAAUCGUCACGCGGCAUGGAGGAUCCCAUGAUGAACCGACCGAGGAAGAGCACUCCAGCUGGUGGAAAGAAGAAGGACAAGGCAGCCGAGAACCCCUAUGAGAAGUACCCAUCACCAAAAUCCAAAAAGCACCCACCGCUCUUAAGCCUCACCUCUAUAAAAUUACCAAAAUCAAGAAAAAAACGAAAAAAAAAACAAAAGAACAGAAAAAGAAAUAGCAAUUCAAGAGAAAUUUAUGCAGCAAAAGUGCUUUCUUGCUGAUUGAUUUGA